AUGGCUUAUGAGUUUUACAACCAGUAUGCUAAAGUGAACGAGUUUGCAGUUUGCAAGAGUAAGAUCCUUCGAAGCAAGAAAGGAGAAAUAUUACAACGGACAUUUGUUUAUCACAGACAGGGGUUUAGGGAGGACAGAGGUUUAAAGAUAGAAAAUCUUAAGCGUGAGUGUAAACCUGAGACUCGGUGUGGAUGUGAAGCAAAAUUUCGAGUGCAUAUAGACAUGGUCUCAUAA